GUCUCGCUUUUCCCAAAACACCCGAGCCACUGAGAGCGACGUUCUUGGAAAGCUGCUCCGUCACCUCGAACCUCCAUCCCUCUCCCUCUUCUGCUUCCCGCAGUCUUCGAUAUCUCUCCACCCCAACUCCCGUCGCCAUGUACCCCUCUCGUGUCCUGCGCAUGCAGCCCUCGCGGGCCUUCUACAGCCCCGCUCCCAAGGAGGCUCACAGCGCCCACACCAUCUCCCAGCGUCUGCGCAUGAUCAAGAAGUGUCCUCCCGAGCUGAUCCCUCUCGGUAUCGUUCUUGGCGUUGCCGUCGGUGCUGCCAUCUACUCGAGCACCAAGAAGCUCAUGACCGACAAGACCCUGCGUCUCUACCGCAACAGCCCCGAGAGCCGCGAUCACUAAAUGUACCAUCCUGUUUAUCUGAGCUCCUGAGAAUGUGAUCCCACCCUUUAUGACCGCUUGCCGCAUGUAUUUGUUUGAGUCUGGUUGAGUUCCGGUAAGAAAACGAGG